AUGCAGCCUUCACUGUCGGCCAACCUUGGCUCUUCUGCAGCCUCCUCAUCAUCCCGCACAUUACCAGGCGCAACACCAUCCACUCUCCCCUCAGACCCGUCCGAAAUCUCCGAAACAGCCCAAGCCCUCCUCCAAGCUCACUAUGACCGACUCAAGAACUCCUCCUCCUCCUCCUCCUCUACCACCUCCACCAACUCACAGUCUCUACUCGCUAGACUGGAACGAGCUGCCUCAAACAUCGAUCGGAUUUGUCUUCAACUCGACAACUUCUCAGUCUCUCACCAACUCCAUGCGGGAAAGUCUACAGCAGAAGAAGCAACACGAACUUUGCAGCCUCUUGGUCCGCUAGCUUUUUGGCCUGCUAGGGUGGUGUUUAGUGGUGAUGCUAGCGAGGGGAAGCUUUGGGUGAGGCAGAGUAAUGAUGAUGGGUUGUCGUUGGAAAAUCAGUUGAAGGUUGAGGAUGAAGGUCUGCCGAUGUUGACGAAGAGUCCGAAAGCGAAGGAGGGCGAGGGGUUGAGGGUGCAAGUGAAGUUGGUGGAGCCGAGUCGGACGGUGGAAGUGAAGUAUGUUAGGAUGACGUAUAAGGAUGCCCAGAUGCAGUUGCAGAGUAGGAGGGCGAAGCUUUUGGCUGCUGCCCGGGAGCUGCGUGAGAAGUUGGGAAAGGAUGCAGUGAAGAGUGUUAGUACUGAGGGAACAGCGGCGGCGGCGAAAGACAUGCAUUUGCUAAACGAGGAUAAUCAGGCAUUGAACGAGGAAGGUCUGCCAUUCUACGAGCCAGUGGAGGAGAUAUCGGAAGAGGAAGCAACGAGGCAGAAUAAGGCGUAUAUGCAGCCAUUUGUGCGAUCAGAGGCGGCGGAUAAGAACCAGCGGAAACGAUGGUUAGAGGACACAUUGACUAAGUUGGAAGAGGAAGAACAGAAUGAGGAAUCGGACGCGGAAGAGGGGGUUGAGGAGAUGCCUUCUGCUUCUUCUUCCUCAACUCCGACUCUGCCGGAAGCUGAGCCCUCUGUAGAGGACGAGACUCGUGUUGUCCUGCGUACACGCACGCCCAGUCCACCACCAUCGCCAGAGGAUGUACUCAAGACCAAAGCCCUGCCGGAGAUCGUAUCUGCAACUAGACCGCCGCCGCCCAAGUCGGCGCUAAAGACUAGUGCAGCACGGCCUGACAUUGUUCAGCGACCGUCUUUCGGGUCUUCGGGCAUCCGUCAUGGGUUCUUGAAUCUGAAUCCGUCCAGUCCAGGUGCCAUCAAGAGCUCUUAUUCGUGGGAAGACCUGGAGAAGGAAGAAAAGCCCAAGUCUGCGGAACCGGGACGACCUUCAAAAAGUCAUACUCCUACACCGCUGAGUCGGGUUAGCAGCACUGCUGAAUCUUCACUACUCAGUCGGAUUACAGAUGCGAACUCGAGCCCGGUGACAAGUGGAACAAGCACACCUACGAAGAAGAGUGUCCGGAUUAAGAGUCCCGAACGCGCCCAUCCGCAAGUUGCGGCCGGGUCCGGGCUCACACCACUGCAGCGUGCGUUACGGUCGAGUAUUCGGGUCAAGGAGAAUUACAACGAGCCUUCCGCCUCGCAGCAGCAGCAGCCGAACGGGACAGUGUCAGCGCUGGAAAGAACAGACUCAGGUUCAGGUACGGCAGAGAAGCGACACAAAGACGAUGUAGGCGUGGAAGAGGAAGCUGAACGCAUUGUCAAGUUGCUUGGUCCGGAUGUUGUGGAAGGGCAUCCAAGUGCGCCGCCGUCGGACGUGCUGAAAAAGAUGCAAGAAGCUCAUGAGGAGGACAAACGGCUUUCUACACCGGAAGCUGCCGCUGCCAGGGCGAAAAGGGAAGAAGAGGACAGGGAGAGGGAAAGGUUGGAGAGGCUAGCUGAGAAGCCGGCUUUGGGGCAUAGUGUGAUGGAACGACCUCGAAGUAGUGCCGAGAAGGGGAAGGGGAAGGAAGUUGCGGAUCAGGUCAAGUCUAAUCAGGCCAAGUUCAGUGCUUUCAAAGCUGGCUUCCUCAACCAGAAACCGGCGAUGGCGAAGAAGGAGACCAGAUUCGUGCCAAACAUGCAGGUGCCGAGGAAAGCAGCGGGAGCUGCAGCUGCUCCGCCGACACAGUCUUUGGGCAUGUCAGCGUUAGAUAGAGCUUCGUUAGGGGAUGACAAAUUGAGUCGGCGCAGGGAGGAGAUGGGAUUGCCUGCUGCUGUGCCUCAUGCCAGACCGAGUAAGUCUUAUGCUGAGAAGAUGGCGGCUAGGCAGCAAGGUCAGACACCCACCUCCGCUGAUCCAGAGGAUGUGGCCGAGAAGGGGUCAGUAAAGUUAGCUAGACCUGUAGAGGGAGACGAUGUGCCUCGGCCUGGUCGUGUUCGUUUUGGUCCUCCUGCUGGAUCUUCCCAUGCAGACGAAGAAGAGGAGCAGGAUGAAGGAAUGGAGAUCAACCCCUCAGCAGAACUAGAUAACCACAACCCAGAAGAAGGCGAGCUGGACGAAGAACAAGAAGAACCAAAGAUCGAAGGUGAAGGUGCCGACACGGAUGGAGAGGAUGCGUACUUUGACGAGUACCUUUCGGGGCGGUCUCGUAAAUCUGCUGCUGCGAAAGAGAGUCGUGGAUUGGAUGAUGAGCAUGAUAAUGACGAAGCUGAUGACUUCGACGAUGAUGAGGAUGAAGAUUGGGAUGUCGACGAAGAUGAUUUUGAUUUUGAUGAGGAUGAAGAUGAUGAUUUCGAUUAUGAUCCGGAAGAUCUCAUGGCGCUAGCACCGAGGAUGGGCGAUGUGGAAGGAUUGGCCAGGAACCCAGAGUUGAUGAGGGAGUAUGAGGAGGCAAAGGCGAAGCUUGCCGCAAUGGGAUUGGCGAUGCGUGCAGGUGCGGGUGGAAGUGAUGAUUUGAGGGCGCAGAUGGUGAAUGCUGCCCGCUCAACAGGUGGAGAAGGGGAGGAAGAAGAAGGAGAGGAAGAAGAAGGAGAGGAAAAAGAAGGAGAGGAAAAAGAAGGAGAGGAAGAUGAUUACCAGAUGGACUUGGUCCCUCUCGACGCAGCCAUGGAGGAUCCGGAGUAUCAAGGCAACACCACCACCUCAGCCGGGUCAGGCUCUCGGAUUUCACGCUUCAAGGCUUCACUCAGACAGCAGGCUAUGGCUCCCACCCCACGCGGCGGCGACUCUUUGAAGUUAGAAGAAAUGCUCUCUUCAGCAAAGAAUCUCGGCGCGUCAAAUAGCGCUGCUUUCAGCAUGGACGGCAUGGGUUCCUCGGCUCAAGAGGAGGGUGGUGGAGGAACACCAAUGAUGAUCAUUCCUCAACUAGCUCCUGUUCGCUUCCCCAAGCAUGGGGACUUGGUGGAAGGCAAGACGUCAGGACCUGUAGAUUUGGACGGAGCGGAAAGCGAUGAAGAUGAUGAAAAGGCGGAAAUGGUCAUGAGGAGCCGGCUGGAGCGACUACAAUGGAAACGAGAGCAUCCGGAAGAUGCGACUAGGUUGAACGAGAGCAAGAAGGCUAAGGAGAUGGUGGAACAGGGAGUUGCGCCGCCGCCUGUUGUGCCGAGGAGACAGGAGAUCAAGAAGGCGCUCAGCGGGGAAGGUGGUACUGCAGUAGAAGGCAGGGAGGAGGCAGAAGAUGCCCCCAAGCCGAAGAAAGUGAGCCGAUUCAAGGCUGCCCGUAUGGGUCAGUAA